GCCCGGGCUGGACACACCCGCAGAAAGACAUGUGGUGGUCCCUGGAUCCCACAGAGAGGCACCACACGGACCCCAGACCUUCAGGGAGGUGCUCGGAGGCUGGACCCUACAGAGACGGACUGCGAGUCCCCCGCGAGCAGGAGGCUCCCGGGCGCGUUUCCGCCGUUGCUCCCCCGGCCCUUUUUGUCCCUUUUUGGCCACCGUUAGCCCGGCCCAUGAGGGCGGAGCUCCCGCCUACCCGGAAGGGCCCGACCGGGGCCACGUGGUACGGGACCACGUGUUGGCAGCGUCAUGGCGUCGGCGCCCAAGAGGUUCAAGGCGGCGGUCGAGAGCGGCGCCCAGGGGAAGAGUAGUGCCGACUCCCUCUCCGGGUUCCUGGCAUGGUGCGGGCGGGCCGGGGUGGAGCUAAACCCCAAGGUCCGCCUGAGCAGGGAGGGCGCGGUGGCGGGGUACGGGAUGUUGGCCGCCGAGGAGCUGGAGGCGGGAGAAGUGCUGUUCACCAUCCCUCGCACGGCGCUGCUGUCCCAGCACACCACGUCCAUCCACGAACUCUUGCAGGAAGCCCAGGAGUCCCUGCAGAGCCAGUCUGGUUGGGUCCCUCUCCUGCUGGCCUUGCUCCACGAGUACACAGCCAGCAACUCCCACUGGCAGCCAUAUUUCUCCCUCUGGCAGGACUUCCGGAGCCUGGACCACCCCAUGUUCUGGCCUCAAGAAGAGCGAACAAGGCUCCUGCAGGGCACAGGCAUCCCAGAAGCUGUGGACAAGGAUCUAGCUAACAUCCAGCUGGAGUACAACUCCAUCAUUUUGCCUUUCAUGGAGACCCACCCUGACAUCUUUGACCCCAAACUGCACACUCUGGAGUUGUAUAAGGAGCUGGUGGCAUUUGUCAUGGCUUACAGCUUUCAGGAACCUUUGGAGGAGGAAGAAGAAGAUGAGAAGGGGCCCAAUCCUCCCAUGAUGGUGCCUGUAGCAGAUAUUUUGAAUCAUGUGGCCAACCACAAUGCCAACCUGGAAUACUCUCCUCUAUGUUUGAGGAUGGUUACAACGCAGCCCGUGAGGAAAGGACAGGAGAUCUUCAACACGUAUGGGCAGAUGGCCAACUGGCAGCUGCUGCACAUGUACGGCUUCGCAGAGCCCUACCCCGGCAACAGCCACGACACAGCCGACAUCCAGAUGGUGACACUGCGCAGGGCGGCUCUGCAGCGAGCCAAAAGUGAAGCACAGCAGCAGCUGGUCUCAGAGCAGUGGGACUUCUUGUGCCAGCUGGAGAUGGUGGGUGAGGAAGGCGCCUUUGUGCUUGGCUGGGAUGAGGUGUUGACAGACGAAGAGCUGUCCAUGACCCUCAAGGUGCUCUGCAUGUCAGAAGAAGAAUUCAAGGAGUAUAAGGAGCAAGAUGGCUGGGAAGAUGACAGUGAGGAAGAAGAAAACUCUACCCUUUCAAAUGAGGCCCUCUCCAGACUUAAAACCCCUUGCAAGAAGCUCCUUUAUGACAGUGUGCUGCUGACCCUGGAGUCCUAUGGGGCAGACCUGAAAGCAGAGCAGGACUUGCUAAAUAACAAGGAGGCUUAUGAGAAACUGAGUCGAAGGGAGCAGCAAGCGCUGCAUGUGCGCUACGGACAGAAGAGGAUCUUGCAUCAGCUGCUAGAGCUGGUACAGUAGGAACUCUGUGCCCCUGGCCAGGACCUGGCUGGGGCUGAUCCCGAGGGGAAGGUCAGCCUCUGGCCAUCUCUUCUGCAGCAGAGACGACAGAUGGCAAGACUGACUGUGGGUCCAUUUGUCCCUCAUAUAGCACAUGGAUUUUUAGCUACCUCUACAUAAAGAAGUAUCUUCACAGCACAAAGGUGGUUUUGAGUGGCCUUAUUGUACCAUGAGAGUUCCGCAGCACAAAUACCACCUUUUUCCAGAGGCCUUAAAAAAACCCAGCCAUCUUAAUGGCUGUUUUAGGAAGGCAGACAUACACUGUCUGAACAGCAGAGGAUUCCCUCGUUCAGCAUCAGAAGUUCAGGGCAAGAGCUGCUCCCUGUCCAGAUUAAGAGGGCAGAAAUCCAUCCAGCUGGUAGCUCUUACCUUAAGAGAGGUUCAGAGUAAAUAUCUGGCAGGUGGACCUGCUGACAACACUAAACUCUUCACAUGUACAUAUUUUAUGUUGAACAUGUUCAAGAGUACAAACCCAUCUAGCUGGUCUUCAUGUAGGCUCAGUAUAACAAAUAUUUCCUUUUAUUUCCACAAAAGAUAUUUCUGUGUGGGCUUGAGACUACUCUGGAGGAGCACUGUCACAGUUCCACAGCUGCUGCAGGCUGAGCAUUUGAUAUAUACCCUCUGCUUGAUGCAGUUCUACCCUGAACUCACUUUGGUUUUGCAUGACAAAACACUGAAGGUUGACAGGCUAAGCUCUAUUUAAUAAAAAUGAGUUUUCUUACCCAGCCCAUGCUCUCUACUUCAACAGGGUGUGAAGUCCCAUCUAAGAGCAGGGGGACUGUUGCUGCUGCUGCAGUUAAAAGUACUGCAGACAAGCAAAACCCACAUUGACUCAUGACAAAGCUCAGCUACAGCCCUGCCUGCAGUGCUUGGGGACAGAUUGGUUUAACAGUACUGGGGGCAGCUUGUUCUGGUUUCCCAGAUGGGACAAUAGUGAAUUUGACCAGGAUCUCACACAACUGCCACUGUCCUUCACAGAGACAUUGUUAAAACUGGUAUUUUGGUAUCCUGCAUCUCCAAAGUAAUCAUAUUGGAAAACGUACAUGCUAGAGGAGUAUUACAUUUUGUAGCUUGGUUAAAGUUUGAGGUUUGGGUUAAAACUUGUUUUUUUAGAUAUGCACAAAUUUGGUGAUGACCAAAGCAUAUAGAAGGUUUGAACACUGUAACAAGACUUUGUUAUACCUACUCUUUGAAAUUGUUUGCUUGCAUGGGCAUUGGAUGUUCCACCUCACUAGAGAAGGGCAUUUUGAGAACUUCACUUUUAGACUGUAUUCUUGGACCAGGGGGAAAGCUUGCAGGGGAUUUGCUUACUAAGAAGUUGAUUAUGUGGUGGCCUUUGUAUCUAUUAGAGAAUUGCGGAAAAUGGCCUCAGAAUGGAUCCUGCAAUUAAUGUUACUUUGUUGCCAGGAAGGAAAACAGGGCAAAGUACCAGAUGUUGAUCUGUUCUUUGCAUUGCAGAAUAAUGAUAAGGCUUGGAAGGAAUGUUGGAUUGAUGACAGCAGACUCUCAUGUUUUAGCACUAGAGGAAUAUAAAGGAAGUGUAAUGAAGAGAAUGAGGUUAAGAAGAGAAAGGAAAGAAAAGGGGAAAAAAGAUCAGCAAAGGGAGAGUAAAUUUAGUUGAUUGCUGUGGUAGUUGGAAGGGCAGGAGGUAAUGUAAGGGAAUCAGAUUUCAACUGGUAAAUUCCCAUCUAAUAGGAAAAAUUCAACAGUUACUGUAAGCAGAAUGGGCACUGGAAACAAAUGCCCACAGAACCCAGGGCACAGGUAAUCCUGAAAGAUGGGAGACUCCACAAGUAGGAAGACUGCUUACAUUCAAUUGGGAUUUAGACUGAGAGGCAGCUGAGAGGUCCACAGAAUCCCCAAGAGAACUCCUGGUCACAGCAAAUUUGGGGUAGAAUAUCUAACAGAGGAGCAACUUAGAUGUAAAUAAGCCUUCAGUAAACAAAGCACAUCUAUAGCUGGAGCCAUAGGAACAAAGGAAAUAAAGCCAUUCUUCCAGCUACUCAAAUUUGGAAUUGAAGAGUUUUAUAAAAUUUCUGUACAUAUCCAAAUGCCCAAUGCCAUUAUUAGGAAAAUAAAUAAGUAAAUUAAAUGCAAAAAGAACAUUUGAAAAAGGACAGAUCCAAGUACAUAAACCAGA